ACCAAAAAAUAAUUAGAAAAGAUGGAACAAAUUCUAAAAGUACUCGGUCCUAGUUUUUUAACUUUAAAAGAAUUUGGAUUUGCUUAUGGUAUGCAAGGUAUACUUUUAUGUCGAAAUUUUGAAAAAAUGUGGUUUGAACAUUGUAUUACAAAAUCUAAAUAUAAUAUUUUCUAUUUACCUUCCAAUACAAUUAAUUCCAAUGUUAAAAAUUUGAUAGAUAUUGGAUUAAAUAAUGUACCAUUUGGUAUUGCAAAUAUAGAUAAUGUUAAAAAUAUAUGGAACAAGUCAAUUAAUUUGGAAAAGAAUGUGCAACACAGAAUUGCCAAAAUAACAACAGUAUAUGAAAGUGAUGAUGCUAUCGGAAGUGUAAAAGAUUUAUUUUAUAAAAAACAAAGAGAACGUAAGUCAUGGUGGCGUCAAAUUUCAGAAAAUCCAUCAAUUUAUCAUAUUCGAGAAGGAGAACAAAAAAGAGGAGAAGAACAUAUUGAAAUUGAAGCUCAGUUUCCAUUUGGAAAUAUAGUUGUAGAAAAAAUUCACUUUAAAAAAAAUGCUUCGGCAAUCUUACCUGGAAUUUCAAAAACUUCUAAUUUAAGAAUUGUUGAACAUAUUACAUCUUUAGAUUGGGCAUGUUUGACAAUCUUAUGCGAUGGAUAUAUAGAAAUUGAGGGAUCUAAAGAAUUACAAAUCCAUCCACAGCUAUCACCUUACAAAGCAUACUGCAAAGCAAAUAUAUCACCAGAAGAUGAUGAUAUAGUAAAAGAAGAUUUGAAUGAUUUAACAUUGUAUGUUAUUGAAUUACUUCGCGAAAAAGGUGUAGAAUCAGUUAUAAUGAACAAUGUUAAGAAGCCGGAGGUUUUCCGAGUGCCAUAUAUUAUUACUGUUAAUAAUGAAAGUCUAAAAUCAGGUCUAGUUAAACUUGUAUGUCAAAGAACUUUAUGUGGUGAAACAGUGCAUAUUACUGAUAUGGCACAGCGUAUGUACAAUUUGUGUGUAUAAUGAAAAGUAUAGUAAUUUUGUAAAAAUAUUGUUGAGUUAUAUAAAUUAUACACAAAUAAA